CGCCCCUUAUGGGCGUGUGCGCGGCGCGCGUUCACGACACACACCAGGAAAUAUGGCGGCGCUCAUGACUCUCAGUCAGUUAUCAAAUGGAAACGCAGCAUAUGAAAAUUAUUACAGACAGCUUGAUCCAGCAAACACAGGCAAAAUAUCAGCAGGCGAUGCAGCUCAGUUUCUUAAAAAGUCCGGGUUAUCAGACAGUACACUUGGAAAAAUAUGGGAUUUGGCAGAUUCUGAUAGAAAAGGCUAUUUGGAUAAGAGGGGUUUCUUCAUUGCGAUGAGACUAGUGGCAUCAGCACAGGGUGGAAAUGACAUCAGCCUUAACAACCUCAACCAAAAUGUAGCUGUGCCAAAAUUUAGAGACACUGACAGCCCGUUAGUAACUGCAUCAUCAACAACAUCUGACUGGGCAAUUAGGCCUGAUGAAAAAGGGAAGUUCGAGGCGAUUUUUGAAAGUCUGUCCCCUGUGAAAGGUCUCCUCUCUGGUGACAAGGUCCGACCUGUUUUGAUAAACUCCAAGCUACCUCUGGAUGUGUUGGGAAAGAUUUGGGACCUUAGUGACGUGGACAAAGAUGGACAUUUGGACAAAGAGGAAUUCAUAGUGGCUCUGCAUCUCGUUUAUCGCACCAUGGAGAAGGAGCCUGUCCCAAGCAGCCUGCCUCCUUCUCUUAUCCCACCUUCCAAAAGAAAAAAAUCUGCGCCUGCUCUUCCCGGCGCCGUGGCCGUUUUGCCCGCUAUAUCGGGCCUCGGAUCCGGCCCGGGCGCUCUGCGGAGCUCUCCUUCUCUGAGGAGCGCCACUCCUCCUGUGGGGAGCGCUGCGUCUUCUCUGGGUGGCGUUUCGCCCCUCAGCCCCAGCGCUGUCAUCUUGUCUCCAAAACACUCCUUUAAAUCCAGCUCAGCAUCCACUCCAGCGGCUGCAGUGAACUGGGUGGUACCGGUGGCUGACAGAGAAAAAUAUAGGGAGCUUUUUAAGAAAACGGACACUGAUGGGGACGGCUUCAUCACCGGCACUGAUAUCAUUGAGAUCUUCAUGCAGUCCAACCUCUCUCAGACCAUGCUGGCACAGAUCUGGGGACUCGCUGACACAAAGCAGACAGGCAAACUGACCCYGGAGCAGUUUGCUCUGGCCAUGCAUUUCAUCCAGCAGAAGGUGACAAAAGGCAUCGACCCUCCCUCUACUCUCACUGCAGACAUGAUCCCCCCGUCAGAGAGGACGGCAGCGUCAGSGUUGGGCCUCAGCUUUAUGGGGAUUCUUCCUUCUGUGAGAGCAGACCUGGUUUCCACAGCUAGUAUGCGCAGAGACAGCACCAGCUCCGUUGGGUCAGUUGAGCUCACAGGCAACAAAGAGCUGGAUGACCUCAGCCAGGAAAUAGCUCAGCUGCAGAGAGAGAAGUUUUUCCUGGARCAAGAGAUUAUGCAAACAGAGGAAACCAUAAGACAGAAAAACAGUGACGUUCAGGACAUUCAGCUCGACUUGGACAGGGAGAGCAGCAGCCUGCACAGCCUGACGUCCCAGAAGCAGGACGCUCAGGGACGCCUGGAUGAGAUGGACCAGCAGCGCGCCAAGCUGGAGGGAAUGCUCAACGAACUGAAGCAGAAAUGCCAGGAGGAGUCUCAGCAGAUUUCUUCUUUGCAAAGUCAGAUCCGCUCUCAGGAGACCAACGUCCGCAGCCAGGAGGACGARCUGAGCCGCACCAAGGCGGACCUGAGCCGGCUGCAGGAGGAGGAGGCCCAGCUGGAGCAGAGGCUGGUGACCGGCCGCGUUCAGCUGGACAGCAUCGUGAAGUCGCUGCAAACCACGCAGGACGAGAUCAACCAGGCUCGCAGUAAGCUGUCACUGAUCCAGGACACRCAGAAGGAACUGACCCAAACUAUUGAGCAGUACAACAGCGCUCUGAGCGAGAUCAACAGGGGGAACUUCAGCAACCUGCCCGAUCUGAGCGAAGGUUUCACUGAGAGGGAGAACGGAGGAUUCAGGAGUUCGAGGAACACAGAGGCGACUGUCGACCUGAGCCGAGUCACCGCAUCGCGUAAAGGAAAACGCCGCKCUGCCGCACACUUGUUUGGAAAAACGGACCCGUUUGGAAGCAGUUCUUUCGGCGGCAAAGGCAGCGGAUUUGCUGACUUCAGUCACAUGUCAAAGAAGCCUGACCCUCCUAAGAAGAAUGUGCCUAACCGGCCUGCGCCUCCCUACGUGGAUCUGCUCGGUUCGAGCGCGUCAGAGCUGCUGCAUGGUGUCAGUAGAGACUCUUUUAUUGCGACACAGUCAAGAAAAGAAUCCAAAGACUGUCCUGUGGGUUUAGCAGACUUUGGCUCUUUUGGAAGUGAGAACCAGCAGCUGGAAUGGGCCAAGCGGGAGAGCGAGCGGGAGGAGCAGGAGCGACUGAGGCGGCUGCGGUUGCAGGAACAGCAGGAUCUGGAGCUGGCCAUCGCUCUCAGCAAGGCCGACCUUUCCAACGCCUGACCUCCAGCUCGGCUCUCUGUCCACCUUCAGUCCGUUUGCAGGCCCGUCACCGCAGCUCCGUGUUUCUCAAAUGACUCUAGAUUUAAAACCGCUGGAAGUACAAAUGCCAGCUGUAAACGRGGGAGAAUCCAGACUUCAUCUUUGCUUAGCRCCACAAUAGGAAAGUUUCACAGGCUCCUGAACUGCAUCUCCGCCUGCUGACUUUUCAACCUGCUUGCUUGGUAAACCCUUUAAGAGUUAUCUAUAAUUAUUUCAAAUCCCGCGCUGCAGUAGCCACCGUCUCUUUAUGUGCAUAAAGCUUUCUGGGUCAAUGGUGACGUAGAAUUGCCACUUGAGUUACCACAACAGUACUGUUACAAAUUUUACCAGACAGUUGCUCAAAUAUUCUCCCCCUGAACCUGCAGCCUUCGGUAUAAAUUAAUGUGACGAUCAAAUAUUUAUGAGCGCGAUUAAAGACGAGUUUCAUUAAUUUUAGAGAUGCACCAAGCAGGAUUUAGAUUUUUGUAAACUUUUCCCUCUGCCAGUAYGGAUUUUGAUUUCUUUUUAAGAACUUUAAUGCUUAAAAUGUUUUCUAUCCUUUCUCCCAUGAGAAGUUGUUGAUUAUUUAUACAGGGAGGAUAGGCAGUGUCAUUAUUUAAGCUGACUUUAUUAACAAUUACUAAAACAUUGGUCACUGUGUUGAACCUUAUUUCAGUCACAAAAGAUUGUCAACAUCACACAGGUUGAAAUCCUAUCUAUAUUCUUAUUUUCUAAAAGUCUAAAUGAAAAGAUGUGAAAACAUUUUUCUCUUUAAAGCUGCAGUAUGUAACUUUCAUAAAUUUUUUUUUUUUUUUUUUUUUACAUAUUUAUUAAAACUGGCGCCAUGUCGUAACAGUAUAAUAUGAGACCAAUAAUCUGUGUUUUCCCAGUGAUGAUCAGAGACGGCCAAUCAGAACCAUGAGGCAGGUCUUAGCGCUGUCAAUCAUCCUCCUUGUGGCGCUGCUCUUACCUCUUACUCUCUACAGCUAGCACAGCCUGUUGUGAAGGCUCAGGCUAGUUAGCGUAGCCACUGGUGAUCACAGUUUUUCUGUAACGGUAAGUUGUUUAGCACAUUUAGCAAUGAGUACAUGAGAAUGAUUGACAGCGCUACGAUCCAAUCCUCCUGGCUGUUUUUGGUCGGGCAUUGUGCAUUUCUUCAGACAGCAAUAGGAGCUCAGGAACGAGGUGGAGGAGACCGAUCUUUUCACAGAUUAUCUGUCUUUUAACAUACCGUCAUGGCGACAGUUUCAACAAAUAUGUAAAACAUAUUUCUUAAAAAAGUUGCAUCCUGCAGCUUUAAACAACUUUUUGCAUUGCUAUGCUUUGAUAAUGAAAAUGGAUAACUGAGCUGUACUCCUUUCAGCCCUCUAUUAAUGUGAUUAAAGUCUUGCUUUCUCUCGCCAUCUUGCAGCCUGAAUGAGAAAAUACAAUUUCCUUUCAGAUCAUCUGUGCUUCCUCUAAACUCAUUACUACUGAAAAAAAGCUCAUUUUGAGUCUUUUACUGAUGUAUUGUUAGCGCAACCUGAAUCGUCUGAUUUUUGAGUUUCCGACCAGCCGCGCUGAAAAUUCGACCRCCACAAACUUGUUGGUGCAUCUCUAAUUAUUUCCGACCAGAUCUUCAGCUUCUGCUGUAUGUUGUUUAUUUCUUACCCAUUUAAACCUUGGAAAAACAGCCAAUGCUCAAAAACAAUAAAGCUGAUCACAAAGGCACAACCUGAA